CCAUGAUCAUGGCAAGCCGUCGCGAGACUGUGAGUACCCAGGGAACUUUUCCACUUCUGCAACAUGAAAGAGGAAAGCCGACACGAUCUCACAAGUUGUGCAAUUGAGUAUGUGGCAGACUGUGUUGUGCUCACAACAACGCUCACAGCACAUUAGCUUACAGGUCAGACUAGCGAUGUUUUCUGUCAAGACUGACUAUGGAUGGGAUAUAUAAUACAGCUAGAUGCUUCCUUAGAAUAAUCAUCAACUCCAACAUCCUCACUUUAUCACAUCUCAAACAUCAACCUCAAUCCAGCUCAUACUCCGCCCAAGAAUUCUCCGCAAGAAUUCAUCAAUUCCAUCAACCGCAAGUAUGAAGUUCACCAUCGCAACUCUUUUCGUCGCCAGUGUCCUCGGAAUGGCCAUCGCUGCCCCAGUCAAGAGAGAGGAGGCCGCCUUGCCAGUAGUACCUGGUGCCUUUGAGGAAAACAAGAGCAUCGUUGUAAGUUCAAUAAUAAACUCUUCAUAUUUUACCGCGUAUGCUCAUUAAAUGUGAUGUAGCUUGUUCGUGUUAAGGGAGAUGUUGUAGAGGAGUCUGAGUCUUAGAUUUGGUCAUCGUCCAGCGAUGAGAAUGUGUGAAGGAUGAUGCAUUAGUUUUUACGGUCUGCUCAAUUUGUACCUCGAAGAGUGCAAAGAUGGCUCGGAUUUUGUAUCGGGGGGAGGAUCAUGAGUGUUGGGCCUCUAUUGAAACACUCUUCAAAUGAAAUCAAAGUUCCAAGUCUAAAUACACCCCGGAAGUCAAAUCUCGUCAUGUUUUGAAGGCUCAAAUAGUCGGAAAUGAAAAAUGA